GAGGGUUGCAUGUGUCUUCAGAAGUUGGGCCUGAAAACUCUGGGGUUCCCCAGAGACAGGUACCUGAAGGUGAACUGGGAGAGGCAGAACUGGGGCUUAUGUGAAAGGAAGAAUCCACCCUAUUCGGGUGGAGCAGAGAGUUGUUGGAUCUCAGGAAGCCUUAACCCGGACUUGGUCUGUCCCCUGUCCCCAGGGCAGGAGGGCUGUUCUUACUCCUUCUCAACCAGAGGUCUGUCCCCAGUCAGACCUCCCUCAUCUGGAGUGGACAUCACAGACUGGAGCCAGAACAUCCAUAGCAAGGUGGGACACAAAGGCCCCGUGCUAAGCACCUAUAAUCCUCUGGGGCUGCCACCCCUAGAGCCAGCAUUGCCACCAUGUUUAACCUAAUGAAGAAAGACAAGGACAAAGAUGGCGGGCGUAAGGAGAAGAAGGAGAAAAAGGAGAAGAAGGAGCGGAUGUCAGCGGCGGAGCUGCGGAGCCUGGAAGAGAUGAGCCUGCGACGUGGCUUCUUCAAUCUGAACCGCUCCUCCAAGCGUGAAUCUAAGACGCGCCUGGAAAUCUCCAAUCCCAUCCCCAUCAAAGUGGCCAGCGGCUCUGACCUGCACCUGACCGACAUUGACUCCGACAGCAACAGGGGCAGCGUCAUCCUGGACUCAGGCCACCUGAGCACAGCCAGCUCCAGUGAUGACCUCAAGGGUGAGGAAGGCAGCUUACGCGGCUCCGUGCUGCAGCGGGCAGCCAAGUUUGGCUCCCUGGCUAAGCAGAACUCACAGAUGAUUGUCAAGCGCUUCUCUUUCUCCCAGCGCAGCCGGGAUGAGAGUGCCUCAGAAACCUCCACCCCCUCGGAGCACUCUGCAGCCCCGUCUCCACAGGUGGAGGUGAGGACUCUAGAGGGACAGCUGAUGCAACAUUCUGGCCCAGGCAUCCCUCGACCAGGACCUCAGUCCCGAGUCCCUGAGUUGGUGACUAAAAGGUUCCCGGCUGACCUGCGCUUGCCCCCCGUGGUACCCCCACCACCCCCCGCUCUCCGGGAGCUGGAACUGCAGCGUCGGCCCACAGGGGACUUUGGCUUUUCCCUGCGGCGCACAACCAUGCUGGAUCGGGGCCCUGAGGGACAGGUCUAUCGGAAGGUGGUUCACUUUGCUGAGCCCGGUGCGGGCACCAAGGACCUGGCCCUGGGGCUGGUGCCAGGUGAUCGUCUGGUGGAGAUUAAUGGGCACAACGUGGAGAGCAAGUCCAGGGAUGAGAUUGUGGAGAUGAUCCAGCAGUUUGGGGACAGCGUGCGGCUCAAGGUGCAGCCCAUCCCAGAGCUCAGUGAGCUGAGCCGGAGCUGGCUGCGGAGUGGCGAGGGACCCCGCAGGGAGCCAGCCCAUCUGGACCCUGAGGCCGCCUCUCCUGCCCACAGCCAGGUGAAGACAGAAGAGCAGAUCGCAGCAGAGGAGGCCUGGUAUGAGACAGAGAAGGUGUGGCUGGUCCAUAAGGACGGCUUCUCCCUGGCCAGUCAGCUCAAAUCUGAGGAGCUCAGCUUGCCUGAGGGGAAGGUGCGUGUGAAGCUAGACCAUGACGGAGCCAUCCUGGAUGUGGACGAGGAUGACGUGGAGAAGGCUAAUGCUCCCUCCUGCGACCGUCUAGAGGAUCUGGCCUCACUGGUGUACCUCAACGAGUCCAGUGUCCUGCACACACUGCGCCAGCGCUAUGGCGCCAGCCUGCUGCACACAUACGCCGGCCCCAGCCUGCUUGUCCUCAGCCCCCGUGGGGCCCCAGCUGUGUACUCUGAGAAGGUGAUGCACAUGUUCAAGGGGUGUCGACGGGAGGACAUGGCCCCCCACAUCUAUGCCGUGGUGCAGACUGCGUACAGGGCAAUGCUGAUGAGCCGUCAGGACUAGUCCAUCAUCCUCCUGGGCAGUAGUGGCAGUGGCAAGACCACCAGCUGCCAGCACCUGGUGCAGUAUUUGGCCACCAUUGCAGGCACCAGUGGGAACAAGGUGUUUUCUGUGGACAAGUGGCAGGCUCUGUACACUCUCCUGGAAGCCUUUGGGAACAGCCCCACCGUCAUGAACGGCAACGCCACCCGCUUCUCCGAGAUCCUUUCCCUGGACUUUGACCAAGCCGGCCAGGUGGCCUCAGCCUCCAUCCAGACGAUGCUUCUGGAGAAGCUGCGUGUGGCUCGGCGUCCGGCUGGUGAGGCCACAUUCAACAUCUUCUACUACCUGCUAGCCUGUGGGGAUGGCACCCUCAGGACAGAGCUCCACUUGAACCACUUGGCAGAGAACAACGUGUUUGGGAUUGUGCCACUGGCCAAGCCGGAGGAGAAGCAGAAGGCAGCUCAACAGUUCAGUAAGCUACAGGCAGCCAUGAAGGUGCUGGGCAUCUCCCCCGAUGAACAGAAAGCCUGCUGGCUCAUCCUGGCUGCCAUCUACCACCUGGGGGCUGCUGGCGCCACCAAAGAGGCUCUCGAGGAGCAAGCGGAAGCUGCCGAAGCUGGGCGCAGGCAGUUUGCCCGCCAUGAGUGGGCCCAGAAGGCUGCCUACCUGCUGGGCUGCAGCCUGGAAGAGCUCUCCUCGGCCAUCUUCAAGCACCAGCACCAGGGCGGCACCCUGCAGCGCUCCACCUCCUUCCGCCAGGGCCCUGAGGAAAGCAGCCUAGGGGAUGGCACAGGCCCCAAACUGAGUGCGCUGGAGUGCUUGGAGGGCAUGGCGUCCGGCCUCUACAGCGAACUCUUCACGCUUCUCAUCUCCCUGGUGAACAGGGCUCUCAAGUCCAGCCAGCACUCGCUGUGCUCUAUGAUGAUUGUGGACACUCCUGGCUUCCAGAACCCUGAACAGGGUGGGUCAGCCCGAGGGGCCUCCUUUGAAGAGCUGUGCCACAACUACACCCAGGACCGGCUGCAGAGGCUCUUCCACGAGCGCACUUUUGUACAGGAAUUGGAAAGAUACAAGGAGGAGAACAUCGAGCUGGCGUUUGACGACUUGGAGCCAGCCACGGACGACUCUGUGGCUGUUGUCGACCAAGCCUCCCAUCAGUCCCUGGUCCGCUCACUGGCCCGCACAGAUGAGGCUAGGGGCCUACUGUGGUUAUUGGAAGAGGAGGCACUGGUGCCAGGGGCCACUGAGGAUGCCCUGCUGGAGCGCCUUUUCUCCUACUAUGGCCCCCAGGAAGGUGACAAAAAAGGCCAAAGCCCUCUCCUGCGCAGCAGCAAACCGCGCCACUUUCUCCUGGGCCACAGCCACGGCACCAACUGGGUGGAGUACAACACGGCUGGCUGGCUGAGUUACACCAAGCAGAACCCAGCCACCCAGAACGCCCCCCGACUCCUGCAGGACUCCCAGAAAAAAAUCAUCAGCAACCUGUUCCUGGGCCGGGCGGGUGGAGCCACGGUGCUCUCAGGCUCCAUUGCGGGCCUGGAGGGCGGCUCGCAGCUAGCGCUGCGCCGGGCCACCAGCAUGCGGAAGACCUUCACCAUGGGGAUGGCAGCUGUCAAGAAGAAGUCCCUGUGCAUCCAGAUUAAGCUGCAGGUGGAUGCCCUCAUCGACACCAUCAAGAAGUCAAAGCUGCAUUUCGUGCACUGCUUCCUGCCUCUGGCAGAGGGCUGGGCCGGGGAGCCCCGUUCCGCCUCCUCCCGCAGAGUCAGCAGCAGCAGUGAGCUGGACCUGCCCCCAGGAGACCACUGCGAGGCCGGGCUCCUGCAGCUGGACGUGCCCCUGCUCCGUGCCCAGCUCAGGGGCUCCCGCCUGCUUGAUGCCAUGCGCAUGUACCGCCAAGGUUACCCUGAUCACAUGGUGUUUUCCGAGUUCCGCCGCCGCUUUGACGUCCUGGCUCCACACCUGACCAAGAAACACGGGCGCAACUACAUUGUGAUGGAUGAAAGGCGGGCAGUGGAGGAGCUGCUGGAAUCCUUGGACCUGGAGAAAAGCAGCUGCAGCAUGGGCCUGAGCCGGGUAUUCUUCCGGGCGGGCACAUUGGCACGUCUGGAGGAGCAGCGGGAUGAACAAACCAGCAGGAACCUAACCUUGUUCCAGGCGGCCUGCCGGGGCUACCUGGCCCGCCAGCACUUCAAGAAGAAAAAGAUCCAGGACCUAGCCAUUCGCUGUGUGCAGAAGAACAUCAAGAAGAACAAAGGGGUAAAGGACUGGCCCUGGUGGAAGCUCUUCACCACCGUGCGACCCCUUAUUGAGGUUCAGCUGUCGGAGGAGCAGAUCCGGAACAAAGACGAGGAGAUCCAGCAGCUGAGAAGCAAGCUUGAAAAGGUGGAGAAGGAGCGGAAUGAGCUGCGGCUCAGCAGUGACCGGCUGGAGACCCGGAUCUCUGAGCUGACAUCGGAGCUGACGGAUGAACGUAACACAGGAGAGUCCGCCUCCCAGCUGCUGGACGCGGAGACUGCGGAGAGGCUCCGGGCAGAGAAAGAGAUGAAGGAGCUGCAGACCCAGUAUGAUGCACUGAAGAAGCAAAUGGAGGUGAUGGAAAUGGAGGUGAUGGAGGCCCGUCUCAUCCGGGCAGCUGAGAUCAACGGGGAAAUGGAUGAUGAUGACACAGGUGGCGAGUGGCGCCUUAAGUAUGAGCGAGCAGUGCGGGAGGUGGACUUCACCAAGAAGCGGCUCCAGCAGGAGUUUGAGGACAAGCUGGAGGUGGAGCAGCAGAACAAGAGGCAGCUGGAGAGGCGGCUUGGAGACCUGCAGGCAGAUAGCGACGAGAGCCAGCGGGCCCUGCAGCAGCUCAAGAAGAAGUGUCAGCGGCUGACGGCUGAGCUGCAGGACACCAAGCUGCACCUGGAGGGCCAGCAAGUCCGCAACCAUGAGCUGGAGAAGAAGCAGAGAAGGUUUGACAGUGAGCUCUCGCAGGCACACGAGGAGGCCCAGCGGGAGAAGCUGCAGCGGGAGAAGCUGCAGCGGGAGAAAGACACGCUCCUUGCCGAGGCUUUCAGCCUGAAGCAGCAACUGGAGGAGAAAGACAUGGACAUUGCGGGGUUCACCCAGAAGGUUGUGUCACUUGAGGCUGAGCUUCAGGACAUUUCUUCCCAAGAGUCUAAGGAUGAGGCCUCUCUGGCCAAGGUCAAGAAACAGCUCCGGGACCUGGAAGCUAAAGUCAAGGAUCAGGAAGAGGAGCUGGAUGAGCAGGCGGGGACCAUCCAGAUGCUGGAGCAGGCCAAGCUGCGGCUCGAGAUGGAGAUGGAGCGAAUGAGGCAGACCCAUUCCAAGGAGAUGGAGAGUCGGGAUGAGGAGGUAGAAGAGGCCCGGCAGUCGUGUCAGAAGAAGUUAAAGCAAAUGGAAGUACAGCUCGAGGAGGAGUAUGAGGACAAGCAGAAGGUGCUGCGGGAGAAGCGGGAGCUGGAGAGCAAGCUGGCCACGCUUAGUGACCAGGUGAACCAGCGGGACUUUGAGUCAGAGAAGCGGCUCCGAAAGGACCUGAAGCGCACCAAGGCCCUGCUGGCGGAUGCCCAGAUCAUGCUGGACCACCUGAAGAACAACGCACCCAGCAAGAGGGAGAUUGCCCAGCUGAAGAACCAGCUGGAGGAGUCAGAGUUCACCUGUGCAGCAGCCGUGAAGGCGCGGAAAGCAAUGGAGGUGGAGAUCGAAGACCUGCAUCUGCAGAUCGAUGACAUCGCCAAAGCCAAGACAGCGCUGGAGGAGCAGCUGAGCCGUCUUCAGCGGGAGAAGAAUGAGAUCCAGAACCGGCUGGAGGAGGAUCAGGAGGACAUGAAUGAGCUGAUGAAGAAGCACAAGGCAGCCGUGGCUCAGGCCUCCCGGGACCUGGCUCAGAUGAAUGAUCUCCAAGCUCAGCUAGAAGAAGCCAACAAAGAGAAGCAGGAGCUGCAGGAAAAGCUACAAGCCCUUCAGAGCCAAGUGGAGUUCCUGGAGCAGUCCAUGGUGGACAAGUCCCUGGUGAGCAGACAAGAAGCUAAGAUCCGAGAGCUGGAGACACGCCUGGAGUUCGAAAGGACCCAAGUGAAGCGGCUGGAGAGCCUGGGCAGCCGGCUCAAGGAGAACAUGGAGAAGCUGACCGAGGAACGGGAUCAGCGCAUAGCAGCUGAGAACCGGGAGAAGGAGCAGAACAAGAGGCUACAGCGACAACUCCGGGACACCAAGGAGGAGAUGAGCGAGCUUGCCAGGAAGGAGGCCGAGGCAAGCCGCAAGAAGCAUGAACUGGAGAUGGAUCUGGAGAGUCUGGAAGCUGCUAACCAGAGCUUGCAGGCCGAUCUGAAACUGGCAUUCAAGCGCAUCGGGGACCUACAGGCUGCCAUUGAGGAUGAGAUGGAGAGCGAUGAGAACGAGGACCUCAUCAACAGUGAGGGGGACUCCGAUGUGGACUCGGAGCUGGAGGACCGGGUCGACGGGGUCAAGUCGUGGUUGUCGAAAAACAAGGGGCCUUCCAAGACGGCUUCUGAUGAUGGCAGCUUGAAGAGUUCCAGCCCCACCAGCUACUGGAAGUCCCUUGCCCCUGACCGGUCAGAUGAUGAGCACGACCUUCUCGACAGCACCUCCAGGCCCCGAUACUCCCACAGCUAUCUGAGUGACAGCGACACAGAGGCCAAGCAGACCGAGACCAAUGCAUAGCCCAGGGGAGUGAUGCACACCCCUCCCACCCACAGCCUACCGCUGCCUCGGCGCCUCUCCCGGGAAAUGGUGGGGCACGAGUCUCCCCCACCUGACUGUGGACCUGCAUGGGAAACACCGACCUUCUUCGGUCAGGGGGCUUCCAAGGCUGUGGGUACCUGAAGUCUCUACGUGGAAGAGGUGGGGGGAAAAGCAGUUCUGAAAAAACUUUCUGCUCCUGCCUUAGGCCACCUUGGGCGAUAGCAGGUGGCUUGGCACUGCAUGGAGCCAGCAAGUUGACCUCCAUCUCAGCCCCCAGCUCAGGGACAGUGGACAGAUUGCCUACUGGGACGUUUUUGGGUUGCUGGGUCCAUGGGGAGGAGUUUGGGGAGGGAACAGCAAUUUCUUCCCCCUGGCUUGGGGUGAGGGCUUUUUCUUCUCAGUGCCUGCUGUCUUUUUCUUUUUAAUUUAAAUACUCAACCUCUCCAUCGCAGCUGCAUCCCUGAGAGUGGGAGGGGGUUGCGGUGGCAGCCAGCCCGCCUCCUCACACCGGGAAUGACUAGGGGAAUCUCAGCUUCAUCUUCACUCUUCAGAGAGCAGUCUUUUCUCUGUGCAGCUGGAGAGACUGGUGAGCAGAGGUGGAUCCAGGUUCUUAAGAGUCCUCGUGGGGAGGGGCUCUCAGGUGCUUCUGGGUUUGGGGUGAGCAAGCCUACACAGACAGGGGUGCAUACGUACCAGCCGGAACUUCCAGCCCCCACCCCUCUUCGUCUCAUCAGUGUGUUAAGUGCAAUGACCUAUUUAAAAGUAAACCCAUUCCACCUACACCAGUUCAGGGCUUAUCCAAGCACUGCCUCCCACCCCUCUGUCCAAGUUUCCUGGAUGACAAGCUCAGCUUAAGAGGGAAGACCUUGGGUUGAGGGCUUGUGAUCAGAAAAACUGAAGAUGGAAGUUUUGGUCAGUACUAAAGUAUAUUAGAUACGAGUCCUCACCCUGUGUCCUGAGCCUGAGUCAUUUUUCUUCUUCCAGUCACCUUGCCCACACACACUUAUCCCAGACAUGACAACAUGUGGACCGACAGUCCCCGCCUCCACCCUAAAGGUCAUCCCACCACCACCACCAGACUCGGGGGCCCAAGGGCAGUGCCUGGUGCCGCUCCCAUCUGCUGUCCCCCUCCUUUCCUGCAAUUGGUUUGUACUCAUUGGGCUGUGCUCUCUUCCCUGUUUACCUGAUGUAUGGAAAUAAAUGUCCUUUUCCUCUUG